AUGUUGUCUGAUAUUAAAGAUUAUGGACCGGGCUUCGACUAUUUCCUGAACACUCCGUGCGAUGACUGGGAUGCGCUCCAGUUUCACGAAUUCUGGAAAAAUAACAAUUUCGGUUUAGACAAAGCGACUGUAAUAAGAAGCUUCAACAAAUACAUACAGCAAAUAAAAGAAUAUGGAACAGAAGUGGAAAUAAAGAAUGCGAUACGUCUUGAAAAUCAAUUCAAGUCUUUACCUAGCUUGAAACAUCGUAACGUUGCGGAGGUAAUAAAUAAUUAUAAUACCGAAAAUCGAUUUUAUUCCUGUGAUGGAGUACAAGUUGGAAGUGGCAAUACUAUUCAAAGCAAUAAACGAUCCUAUGGGAAUUGUGAACAAUCAAACGUUGAAGAAAUACCAACUAAAGGGAGUAAAAAACAAAAACCUAUCCAUCCAUCAGAACGAUAUGUAGAAGAUGAACCAUCAGAAUCAGAUGAAGUUAUUUUUGCUCUUCCCAACUGUUGGGAUAAUUCUUUGGAUGGUCAUAAUGAGUCAAAUGGCCAUGACGAGUUGGAUAUAGUAAUAGGGAUACACGAAGAUGAUGAUGAAAAUUCUUUCAUCAUAAAGAACGGAAAAGGAUCAAGAAACAAUAAGUUUAAGACCAUUCUAUCAUGGAAACAUGCAAUCAACAAUAUUGACAUAAAUGAUGCUUCUAUGAAGGAUUGGGUGGCAGAGGAUCACAACGUCUCCCUUGAUUUCCGCAAUUUCCAGCUUGACGUAAUAAAUCAAUUGAAAGACAACCAAACGUUUUCAUAUCUUAAAGAUAUGGAACAGAUAUUAUGUUUGUCAUCAAUAAUGUAUUGUAAUGAAUCCAAGCCAGAAUAUGUAUCAUGUUCUGAAAAAGUGUGGAAGAAAAUUCGCCCAAGACCAUUAACUCCAAUUAUGUUGCCACAAAAUGUUAUAAUGAUAAUUGCUGAAUACAAUACGCUUUUGAAUGAUAAGCAAUUGAUGAAUACAAGAUGGUGUGAAAAUUGGUCACUAAGGGGUACUUUGCAAACGGAUGAAGAUAGAGAUAUUUUUGAGUGUGUGCAAAUAGUGUCAAGAAAUUUUUUUAUGUAUCUAUCCUCAGUAAGUUUCAACAAGAGCAAUGAGUUGAAUGAAGACACAUUUGUCCAUCGGUAUUGCCAUCAAAUUCUUGAAGAGAUAUUUGGUAAAACUGAUUUUGCAUUAGUUUGGGCGAAUGGCGAGUCCGAAAGUUCGAAAGAAAGACGGGCAUUAGAUGGCAACAAUCACGGAAGGAAACCGGACUUUCGGGUACUUGGAAAAGUAGAUGAUGCAAACAGAGAGAUCUUAUUUGGCGAAAUAAACCCGCAGGCCCAUACAGAUAUUAUAAGUAAAAGUGUGAUAAAGCUGGCGAAGUUUAUGAAAGGAUCUUUAGACCUUAUCAUCAAUAGAUGUGGUUACAUUGCCGGUAUAGAAGUCUAUGGAAUAUUGAUCUGUGGAGACGUAAUUCAAGUUUUUAACAUGGAUUUGGCGUAUGAUGGUCUUUAUCGCUGUUGUUUAUUAUCAAAAAUAUUGCUUCCAACGGAGAAUGCGAAUUUUCUAAACAUCGUUACUGUGGUGUCUACAUUAUAUUCAUUGUUGGAAAGGUUAAGAUCUACAAUCAAUGUAGUAAAUUCAUCUCAACUACAAUCAUCAUCUUCAAGUCAUUCUUAUUGCCGGAAAUCGAAUUCGUCACCAAGAAAAAUACGCGUACCGAUGGUCAGAGCUUAG